CUUAUUUUGCUUUUUUUUGCCAAGUCAAACCAAAUCAAACAGUUCCUCUUUUCUCUAGCGUCUCUCUCUCCCAACUCUCCUGCUGCGUAUCACUAAUCUGCUCUGCGGGUCUCUGGACCGGAGGCUUGACCCUCAGCAUGUGGGUUCUGGUGGUUCUGGUGUGGUUCUUGAUCUGGGCCGGGGGAACCUACUGGUACCUCUUUGGGAAGCCAAGUCCAUUCUCUCUGGAGUCGCUGCGGCCCAAAGAGCCACUGGAAAUGGACCAGAGGAAGAGAGAUAAGGUGUUGAAGAAAGGUUUCAGCAAGGACAGAAUCCCAGAGAACCUGGACGCCAUUGUGGUCGGCAGCGGGAUUGGAGGCCUGACGGCGGCGGCGUGUUUGGCCAAACUGGGGAAGAGGGUUCUAGUUCUGGAACAGCAUGACCAGUCUGGGGGAUGCUGCCACACCUUCGUUGAGAAAGGCUUUGAAUUUGAUGUCGGCCUUCACUACGUUGGUCAGCUGCACGAGAACAGUCUGAUUCGGAUCGCCUUUGACCAGAUCACGGAGGGCCAGCUGGAGUUUGUGACCCUGGACCAGCACUUUGACACCAUCCACAUUGGCCUGGGCAAGGAGCACCGCGAGUACAGCAUCUACACCGGCAAGACGGAGAUGGAGGCCCACCUGAAGAAGCAGUUCCCAGACGACACUGAGGCCGUCGAGAAGUUCUUUAAAGUCAUGAAGGUCUGUGCCAGGAAGACCCACUACCUGGCCUCCCUGAAGCUCAUCCCUCGCUGGCUGGCCCUCUUCCUGCUCAAGUCUGGCAUCGCCGACCUCUGCUCGUCCGUCUUCCGCCUGUCCGCCACCAGCGCCACCGACUGGGCCGACCAGCUCACCAGCAACAAGGACCUCCAGGUCAUCUUCUCCUACCUCUUCUACGGCGUUCCCCCCAGGGACUCCAGCAUCCUCAUCAACGCCCUCCUCAUCCACCACUACAAGCGUGGAGCCUACUAUCCCAAGGGGGGCGCCAGCGAGAUCUCUUACCACAUCAGCAACACCAUCCGCAAGUACGGCGGUGACGUGCUGGUGAGGGCGCCGGUCUGCCAAGUCCUGCUGGAUAAAGAUGGCGCCGCUUGUGGUGUGGCGGUGAGGAAAGGUCAGGAGUUAGUGGAGGUGAAGGCGCCAGUUGUGAUCUCCAACUGCGGCCUCUUCAACACCCUCAAGAACUUCCUGCCUCCCGAGGUUCAUAUGAAACAAGAUGUCCAGGCGCGUCUGGACCUGGUGAAACCCGGCAGGGGCUGCUUCCUCAUCUUCUCUGGCUUCGACGGCACCGCCGAAGAGCUUGGCAUCGUGUCGACCAACAUGUGGCUCUUCAGGAAUAACAACAUGGAUGGGAUGAUGGAUGAAUACUUUGAAAUGAGCAAAGAGGAGGCCCCUGACAACGCCCCCAUGAUGUUCAUCACCUUCCCCUCGGCCAAAGACCCCACAGCAAAGAUCAGACACCCAGGCAAGUCCUGCAUGACCAUCCUGACCAUGGUGAAGUACGAGUGGUUCGAGGAGUGGAAGGACUCGGCCGUGAGGAAGAGGGGAGACGACUACAUGACCUACAAGAUGAGAUUCGCCACCAACCUCUUCAACUGGGCCUGUCUGCACUUCCCCAAGCUGAAGGACAAGCUGGUGUUCCAGGAAGUGGCCACCCCCUUGUCCAACAUGCACUACCUGGGAGCGUACCGCGGGGCCAUGUACUCGGCCGAACACAACCUGGACCGCUACGACCCCGUGUCCAUCGCCAAGAACCGCUGCGACACGCCCAUCAAGAACCUCUACAUCUCAGGUCAAGACGUGUUCAGCUGUGGUAUUGCGGGGGCUCUGCAUGGCGGGUUGCUCUGCGCCUCUACAGUGCUGGACCACAUCCUCUACAUGGACCUCAUGUUCAUGAAGAAGAAGCUGAAAAAGGAUAAGGCCAGAGAGGACGCCCGACUGGCCAAGAAACUGCAGUGAGUCCCGUACAGAGCACUGCACUGCCCCUGGUGGGCACACAGGGAAUUACAUCAUAAACAGAGACACUGGUGAACUGUGGAGUUUGAGGGUGGAGUAGCGUGGAAACUGUAUUGUUUGACAGUGGUAUUUAAAAACGUGUGCAAUAUGAUGUGAUACAUGUGAUCUAUCUCUCUCUCUAUCUCUCUCUCUCUCUAUCUAUCUAUCUAUCUAUACUGCCUAUGAUUUUGAUCUUUGGAGAUCAAAUAGAGAAUGUUUUGUUGCGAGAAGUUUACUUGCUGCACUUCGACGAGUGCUUUAUUAUAAUUUCCAUUAUUCUAUUUUGUUUUAUGUGUCCUGCGAUGUUGAAAUGGAAGCGCUGUUUUAGUUUCGCCUAGAGCCGUUGCAGUAGCUCAAGUAGUAACAGUGGAAGUAGUUCUUUUGAAGAAACACUAAUGGUCUCCCUUUGCCUUCCUAUUAAAUUGCUGCUAAGUGGAUGCAGAAGUGAUUUGAUAUGCCUGCUGUGUAACUAUGGUAACAGUAUUGUAUUGUCGUAAAGAUGUCCUGUCUUGUACAUGAAUUUGUAAAGUAACAAUUCACUUUUUUAAAUGAUUAAUUUGAUACCAGAAAUGAACAUAGUUAUGAGAAAUGACAAACAUGUGCCAAUGUAAAUACCAGUAAAUAUGUAAAAUAUGCUAAAACAACACUAAGGUUGGGACAGGGCUAGCAUGUUUUAAGUCACUGGCAUGGUGUCGACGUUAUUGGUGUGAUUAAAGGCCUUAAUUGCUUAACGUGUUUGGCGGUGCUAUUAGGGAUCAAACGGACCACAGGCCCACCGGUGUUAUUCUGACCCGUGUUUCAGUCCUGUGCUUGUUUGAACCCAGGAGGGUCUGUGGGAAACUGAGGAUUUCCUCCGCUAAGUGAACAUUUCCUGCGAGGCUCCCUGAGAUCGGCUGGCAUAACAGGCCCGUCGGUGUGUGAGAGCGGUGUGUGGUGGGAGCGAGGGGAGGGUGGGGGGGGGGAGCGCCGAGAAGAAUGUCCCCUCUGUGUGAAGCAUCUGUGGGAUGCCAGCUCCACUUCGGCCCCCUGCUUCAGAGAAGAGGGCCGGGACUCUCGCUCUCACUCACUCACUCGGCACCAGGAGCCUGCUGCAGGAAGCUCUCACAGCAGCUGCUCGUGUAAGGUGUGUGUGUGUGUGUGUGUGUGUGUGUGUGUGUGUGUGUGUGUGUGUGUUCGUGUAAGGUGCACAGAGCACUUCACACAGCAGCGCUGGGAGAUGCAAGGGCACUAUUUCAUGUGAUCUAUAUUCAUUAAAUAUAGUAGAAUAGAAGCAGAUUACAAGGCCAGGACUCUCCAUUCACAUUCACUCACCAACAGCAACCUGCUGCAAGAACCUCAGGAACAGCAGCUGCUCAUGUCAGGUUGUGUGUGUGUGUGUGUGUGUGUGUGUGUGUGUGUGUGUGUGUGUGUGUGUGUGUGUGCGUGUGUGCGUGUAUGCGUGUGUAUGAAUAUGUCCAAUAAGCACAUUCUACCCAUAUUCAUUACAUACAGAAAUAAUGGCAGUGCAGCAUAUGCAUUGAUCCGCAUGUCAAGUGUGCGUUGCUCUUGUUCCGCUCUGAACUUAAUUGGGUUAAAUAAAAAAGUAAUACAAAGUUUACAAGAGCAGUAGUUUGUAUCUAUACAAGGAUUAAAAAAGCCCCACGUAAACCCCAGCUACUGGACUGCUCAGAUCAAUGGAUCGCAUAAAGACAUGGCAAACAACUGUGACUUUGUAAUUAGCUUCUAUAAAAAGGAAAAUUCCCAAUUCGUUGCCAGCAUUAUAGACAUUCGAUUAGUUAUGGUUAUUCAUAGGCACUGAACACAUUAUUUUUGUCUUCAUAUAGAAUGUCAUUGCUCUUUAUAUAGAAUGUCAUUGUUCUUUAUAUAAAAUGUCAAUGUUCUUUAUAUAGAAUGUUAAGGCAAAAACAAAACCUGAAAAAAAUGGCAUCUGGAACGUUCGCACAGAAAAGAAGCAGGAUAAUCACAAGGCCAAAUUGAGACUUAAACUAGAGAACUGUGUUGGGUUUGUGAAGCGGGUUUUUACUAGUGCAAUGUUAGCUUGCCACCUACUAAAAAACAGUUCAAAGCUGGCACUGGCAUUACGGCCAUAGAAACAGGAAUUAAAAUGUUCUUGGAUAGGAGAAAAUACAGCAAAAGUAAUUCUUGAUGUGUGUGUGUGUGUGUGUGAAUUGUUCGAGAGCUUUUUCUGUUUCUAUUGAAGUAGAAUCUGAAAUACGAUAAAUGCAUACAUUUAUAUGUAACAAUAUCUUUACUUUUGUCUCUAGUAUAUGUAAUUAGCUUGUGUAAAUGUACAUUAUUUGUUUUGUUGAAAAAUAAAACACUCACUGUAGAAAGAUA